AUUAAGGGUAAAUGUCCUGAAGAUGGAUGGGAUGAAAGCACCAUUGAACUGUUUCUUCAUGAGCUUGCUAUAAUGGAUAGCAAUAACUUCCUGGGCAACUGUGGUGUUGGUGAGAGGGAAGGAAGAGUGGUGUCAGGACUUGUUGCCCGAAGGCAUUACAGAUUGAUCCAUGGAAUUGGAAGGUCAGGUGAUAUUUCUGCAGUACAGCCUAAAGCUGCAGGUUCAAGCCUUUUGAACAAACUCACUAAUUCAGUAGUUCUGGAUGUUAUAAAACUGGCUGGUGUCCGGACAGUGGCCAGUUGCUUUGUGGUUCCUAUGGCAACAGGCAUGAGUCUAACUCUGUGUUUUUUAACUUUGAGGCACAAGAGACCAAAGGCAAAGUACAUUAUCUGGCCACGUAUAGACCAGAAAUCUUGCUUUAAAUCAAUGAUAACUGCAGGUUUUGAGCCUGUGGUGAUAGAAAAUGUAUUAGAAGGUGAUGAGCUAAGGACAGACCUCGAAGCAGUGGAGGCCAAAAUCAAGGUUCUUGGUGCUGAAAAUAUUCUUUGUGUGCAUUCUACAACAUCCUGCUUUGCUCCAAGGGUACCUGAUAGGCUGGAGGAGCUGGCUGUGAUUUGUGCUAAUUAUGACAUUCCACAUAUUGUCAACAAUGCAUAUGGAGUUCAGUCUUCAAAAUGUAUGCAUCUUAUCCAGCAGGGUGCUCGUGUUGGCAGAAUAGAUGCUUUUGUUCAGAGCUUGGACAAAAAUUUUAUGGUUCCAGUAGGUGGUGCUAUCAUUGCUGGCUUCAGCGAGUCCUUCAUUCAGGAGAUCAGCAAAAUGUAUCCAGGAAGAGCAUCUGCAUCUCCUUCUUUAGAUGUCCUCAUUACACUUCUGUCUCUGGGAACCAGUGGCUACAAAAAGUUACUGAAAGAGAGAAAGGAGAUGUUUUCAUAUCUUUCAAGUGAACUGAAGAAGCUGGCAGAUAACCACAAUGAGAGACUAUUAGACACACCACAUAAUCCCAUUUCCUUAGCCAUGUCACUGAAGAAUCUAGAUGAAACUAAUGAUGCUGCUGUUACCCAGCUUGGAUCUAUGCUUUUCACAAGACAAGUUUCUGGAGCAAGAGUUGUUCCCUGUGGGUCUGUACAAACUGUGAAUAACUACACUUUUAAAGGCUUUAUGUCACAUGCAAAUGACUAUCCUUGUGCUUACCUCAAUGCUGCCUCAGCAAUUGGAAUUAAAAAGCAAGAUGUUGAUGUAUUCCUAAAAAGACUUGACAAGUGUUUGAAGACUUUUAGAAAAGAAGCAAAGCAAGAAAAAAGUAUAAAUGAAAUAAGUGAUGCUAACACAGCCACAGAACAACUCGAAGACUAGAAGACACAGAUUUAGUAACACAGGAAGAUAAGGUUUUGUCAGAAGUAUGUCAGCUUUGUAUUGGGUUAGGACUGUGCAUCUGCAGUGCAGAAAUCUAUUCUUGAUCUUUUAUUCUUCUUACUGAAAACAGUAAUAAAACUUUGGGUGUAAUUCAGCUUUGAGAAAGUAGGUUAUACUUUCUCCAAGAACAAAGGACCAGACUCAAGUUUUUUGCAAUAUAUGAAAUGCACUUAAUAUCUGCCAAAGUACAGCUUUAUGUUCACAAAGACCUAGAGUUUGCCUUUCAAUCUAUUUUGGCUAUUUGGACCAGUGUUUACUAAAUCACUGUAUGUUUAUUCACAGCUUUUGUUCAACGAUAUUGUCUGUGAUGGUGACUGAAUUCCCUCCUAGGUAUAGACCAUCCAAGCAACACAUCUCUACUCUCAAAAUACUUUGUUUUUCAUCAAUGAAUGUGUCACUUUUAAUUUCUUUUCAAAGAUUUAUGCAAAUGUUGGUAUAGCACUUACUAAAUACAGUGUUCAAACUGCAUGAGUAAAUGACAGAA